GUCCUCCAAAAACAAAAUGGUGGACGCAGUACUUAACAAAUUUCCAGUUACUCUAACAAGGUUUUCUGGUCGAAAGCAGGGCAAAUAAACGUAAAAAAAUUAUUUUCAAAAAUAAUUUCACUUAAAAGACUACAGGUUAAAUUCUUGGAUGAAACUUUGUUAUUCAAGAACUGAAUCGAUUCAUGGCUCCCAUUGUUGUGUUGUUUCGAUCACCUACUUCACCUCCCACAGAAGACGAAUACCACAAGGUGAGAAAGUUUUUGAAAAAUUUGGCUGACCUAAGAGUGACCAACCACUAGUUCUAAUUAUAAUAUCACCCCUGAAUCACACAUUAAGGUUGCGAGAUUAAAGGAAAUGAUCGCCAACCGAAGAGGCUCUUGAUUGUUAAAACAAAUUCUCCUUGUCAGUAACUUAGGAAAUGUAAAGAGAACAGUAUGGAGAAUAUGCAUCCUGAUAUAGGGUAUCGAACUAUUUUUUCAAAUAAUGUUGUUGUGUGUUUUUUUUUUUGCAGGAGUUGACUAUGAAAGGAUGUGAACCAUUCUCAAUUCCUGUCCUUGCAUUCAAGUAUGACAAUGAGAAAGAGUUGAGUCAGAAACUUCAGGAUCCAAAUAAAUAUGGAGGUGUAUUGUCCAUACAAACGUUCUCUUCUUUCUUAAAUGACAGGCUGUCUAUAAGGCAUCCGACAUUGGAGAAUCCUUAGGCUCCAAUGCAGAAUUCUCUUUUCAGAUGCAUGGCAACAGAUUAUCUUCUUGUUAAAUAGAUGUAUUCUGUGUAAUUAGUAACACUGAGUCUGGGAAUGCAGUUUCACUCCUUUAUCUCCUUCCCACUUCUUAUAAAAAUCUCUGUUACUAAACAAUCAAAUACCAAUGGACUUGCAAAUGGUUGCUACAGGUAUGGUUGUGACAAGCCAGCGUGCAGUGGAGGCUAUGGAACUCUGUGUGGCUAACUUUGUAUCACAUGAAGGUUGGAGUCAUUUCAUUAAUUAUGUUUCAUUUGCUUUCUUCUGGUAUGGUGCUUAGGCAGUGACAUUAUGAAAAAUUUCUGUUCCUAGUUUGGAGAGAUGAGGUGGCAAAAUUGUGGAAAGAGAAACCAAUAUAUGUUGUGGGAAAAGCUACAGCCAAAGCAGGUUAGAGUGAUUUUAUAAUGCGAAUGCUGGCUAAGUCAUUGAUAUCAUGUCAUCAGCAUCAUCAUUGAUCUAGAUGGAUAUUGGACCAGUUAACAUCUGCAUGCACAAAAUACUUUUGCUGUGAUGUUUAGUAUCCUGUUUAAUUUGAAGAGUUAGGACAGAUCUUUUUUUUUUUUAUCUUUUAGUCAGUGAGAAGCUUGGAUUGAACUCUACUGGAGAUGAUGCAGGGAGCACAGAUGCCCUUGUUCCUUUCAUUCUUCAGUGUAUGGAUUAUGUUAUGACUGUAAAUAUGUGAAAAUCAUACAUGUGAACUGUGGAUAAAGAAGCGAAUAUGAAAGUGAUCUUCGCAGCCUGAACAUUACUUAAGCAGUAGAGAAAAUAAGGCCUGAAAAAAUUCAGGCCUGUACGGAAUUUGAACCCAUGACCUCUGUGAUACUGCUGCAGUGCUCUACCAACUGAGCUAGCGAGCCAACUGGGAGUUGGUCAUUAUGUUGGUUCCAAAUAAACCUGUAGUGAUGAAUGAAUGACUGUGAAUAUCUGAAAAUCUUAUAGAUGAACUGCGGAUAAAGAGGUGAAUAAGAAAGUGAUCUUUGCAGUCUGAACAUUACUUGAAAAAUAAAGCCUCAAAAAAAAAAUUCAGGCCAGUACAGGAUUUGAACCCAUGGCCUUUGCGAUACUGGUGCAGUGCUCUACCACUUCUCUAUCUGCAGUUCACACAUAUGAUUUUCAUGUAUUCACAGUCACUCAUUCAUCACCUCACAGUCUUAUUUAAAAUCAACAUAAUGACCAGCUCCCAGUUGGCUUGUUAGUUCAGUUCUGCCACCAGAGUCUUAUAGCCAAUAACAUCAUGGCUAAAUUGACCAAUCCUUUUACACCAUCCUGAUUUAUUGCAUUCAACUGACAACAGCUCUCAAAGGACUCUGAUGAUGACUUCCACUCAGGUUGUCAAAAGGCUAUUCUGUACUGCCAACAACAAUUUCCUUAAAUGUCCUUUAUCAAUUUGAUUAUCAAAAAGAUUGUGGUGGAAAUGACUCUAGUAAUAUUUUGUUUAUAAUCUACAUAGCUUUCACACCAGACAGUGAUCCACUGUUGUUUCCUUGUGGUAAUUUAAGAAGAGAGACAAUACCCACAGCAAUGGCAAAAGCAGGUACAGUGGUGGUAGGGGAAAAGGUUUUUUUUUCACCUUUAACCUCACAUGAGAUGUAACUUGCUCAGAUGGGACCAACUUGGUUCUGUUUUUUCCACAAUAAGCGCAAAACCUGGAAUGAAAGUGGUUGCAGAAGGGUGAUUGAACAAAUCAGAUUUUAACCUUCUGCUAUGCAGGAGAGGGCUAUUCAUGUAAUGUUGUCUUGAACAUGGGAGGAGAAGUAGAUGACACACCACCCCCCUUCCCCUACACCCUUUACAAUUAGAGUGUAUCAUGUAAACUAUCUUCUUUUAUGAAGAAGGUUGGGGGGUGGGGGGGGUGGGGUUGGCACAUACCUUAGACACCUCUCUCCCUUUAGUCAUGAAUCAUUAUUACUACCUGAUUAACCCUUUUACCCUUAAUGAGUGAUUAGCAUCUAGUUUCUCUUUACUGUAUCACUGCUGAAAUCGACAUUGUGAUGAUGAGAAUGUAGGAAGUGAUUUGCAAGAAAUGUUUUUGAUCUCCUUGCCAGCACCAGAGAAAUGUAUCAAGAACAGUAUGGAAAAUGUGGAUAUUCAUGUUAGGCUGCAAAGGAUUAAAGCAGCUUGAAUAUUUCUUCUUAAGUGGGCUGGCCUCCUUCUGUUUAGCUUCCACUUAUUGGCGACCCACAACAGCCCCUAUUAAGAGGUAAAAGCUAACUGCCAGCCCUGAAACCUAAGGAGUAGGAAGCCUUGUACUUAGAAAAAGAGGCUUGCUGUUAGUGAAGGCUAUAAAUAACCACCUGCUGUUAAUUUCUUGAUUUUGCAGGAGUAGCACUUGACAGCAUUCAUGUAUACAGUACAUGUGCAGACCCUAAUGUUAAAAAUUUGUUGGAAGACUUAACAAAAGAGAAGGUAAUUUUUUUUUUGAGGAAAUAUCAUAGCACUUGUUGUAAAAAUGGAACAGCAAAAUGUCAAAGUACAUCAUUAUGCAAAAUUGUUACCAAUUAACCCUUUCACUCUUAAGAACUCAUUCACAAUUUUCCUGUAUGCCAUACAAUCCUUAUGAUUAGAGUUUGAAGAAUCUGGUAUCGGAUCAACUAAAUAAUCCCCUAAUUUAUUAUUUUGUAUAUCCUCAUAAUCUGUCUGCUUAAUAUUGAGGAAAGAUUCUGUCUUUGUCACCCAUGGGUGUUACAGGGUUUAGUGACAAAAUUCAUGUUCGAGAGACAGGGGAAGGGGGGUGGGUGGAACAUAGACUUUUCCUAUUUGCCAUUCCAGAAUAUUCUGCAACUAAUAAGUAUUUUCAUUUUAGGGUGUUCCAUCAUAUGCUGUAUUUUUCAGUCCAUCAGGAGUUAACUUCACACAAGAUAUUCUUUCUGGCAUUUUGGAAUGGGAUAGUGUUAAAGUAAAUAUUUGAUUUUUUUCACAUAUAACUCUUAGUGAUUUUCCUCCCUACAUUCUCCCCUAGUAACCAAGUGGUGUCUCAAGGAUGUCUUACCAAUUGACCUUGAUAUGGUUUUACUUUACAGCUCAUUGCAAUUGGUAAAACAACAGCAGAGGCAAUGAAGAAUAAAGGUUGGAAAGUAUUUGCAGUUUCUGAACAACCCAAUGCUCACUGUCUAGCUAAAUGUAUCACGCAAAUUGUGGAAGGAGAUCAUUAA